AUGUUUGGUUUAGCAAAGCAUCCCAUUCGCCUGGCGAGCAACGCUCAUCUAGUAAACUUUAAUGUUUGCAAGAAUCUUGUGGGUGCUAGGGGUGGAACAGUACGUACUGUCAAGACGUCUACUGUAGAUUGGAAGCCGAUUCGUACUACAAGGACACCCAAAGACAAAGAAAAAGAGAACUACAAAUGGACUAGACGAACCUUUCUGGGAUUAAUGAUUGCUAUGCCUGUUGUAUCGUUCUAUCUCGGGUCCUGGCAACUGCGCCGUCUAAAGUGGAAAACUGAAUUAAUCGCUACGUGCGAGGAUCGAUUGGCGGCAGAACCAAUACCAAUGCCAAAACAUUUCAGUCCCGAGAUGUGUGAACUCCUUGAGUAUGCGAAAGUCAAAGUAAAAGGUAAAUUUUUGCACGAUGAAGAGAUAUUUGUUGGUCCUAAGCUAAGAAAUGGAACAAAGGGAUACACUCUCUUUACCCCUUUCAUUCGGAAAGACACAGGCGAAAAGAUCCUCAUUGAAAGAGGUUGGAUAAGCGAGGAAAAUGUAUUACCAACAAACAGAAAACUCCGGCAUUUGUCUCUUCCGGAAGGAGAAAACGUCGAGCUGACGUGUGUAAUUAGAGUCCCCAAGGCUCGCGGUACUUUUCAAUGGGAUAAGAAAGACAGUGAAAGUCGUGUUUGGCAAAUUCCUGAUAUGCCCGACAUUUUUGCCUCUACCGGCACUCUCCCAGUACAUCUGCAAGCACUAUAUGACUUACAUGAUCAUAGGUGGGAUGAAACAAAGAGCACAGUUACCGAUCCGAAGAACAACGCACCAUGGUGGAAAUUUUGGACCAGGUCACAUGCCACAGUUGAGACACCUGUCAGUACAAGAAAAUUCGAAGACGACGAUUUAGAGUUCAAUGAAUACCAAUUUAUCAAGGCAGGUGUUCCACUUGGUGUCCAGGCCAAGGUUACAUUUAAAAAUAACCAUCUGCAAUAUUUAGUUACUUGGUAUGGGUUGUCAUUACUAUCGUCAAUCUUCCUUAUUGCAGCGCUAAGGAAAUCUGGUGGUAGUGCUUUAUCACAAGCUCAAAUAAUGGCGGAUAAGUUAAAACACUCUAAGAAGUUCUCUUAA